AUGGGUCAAACUGAAGAUUUGUCCAAUUUUGAUAAGAAGGAUGAAACUAAAGAACCUCCUAAAAGGCGUCGGAGAAGGGAGGGUAAAUGGGACACGGUUGAAGAUACCGUCUCCCUUACUGAAUUAAAGGCCAAAACUUCCGAAGAGGAGGCCAGAAAAAGACAAAAGAGACUCUAUGUAGGGAAUCUUCCAUCAGGAACAAAAUUACAGGAUGUGGUGGACUUUUUCAACGGAGCUUUGAUGGCUAUGGUUCCUGGAAAUACCAUGGAUCCCAGAGACCCUCUAGUUACUAAGACCGAGAUAUACAACCCUGACCAAGGAUACUGUUUCUUGGAGUUUAAGACUCCCGAAUUGGCGGAUUUGGGCUUUAAAUUGGAUGGUAUUACAUGUAACGGCUACUCUUUAAAGAUAAGAAGGCCUUUGGACUUUAACUUAGGCGCCAACUCAGACGACACAAAGGUGUUUGUCCAGAACAUUCCUUUGGAUGUCACUGAGGAUGAGAUGAAGGCUCUACUUGAAAAGCAUGGGAAACUUAAGAUGGCUAACCUUUUGAAAGAUCCUGCUACUGGAGUUAGUAAAGGGUAUGGGUUUUUUGAAUUUGAGGACGCAAGAAGUUCUAAACUUGCUGUUCUACAUCUGAACGGGUCUGUUUUGGGCAAGAAUGUACUGAGUGUAAAACAUGCUGCUUUCGGGUAUUUUGCUUCUGGAGGGAAACCAAUUGACUGCAAGGCAUCAAAUUUGCCAAAUUCAAUAACUCAGUCAAUCCUAAGCAAUCCUCUCUUGGGGUUACAGUUACAGAACGGUAGGAGGAUUGGUUCCAACCCUUCCAAGGUCAUUCAACUCCUCAACAUGGUUUUCCACGAGGAUUUAAUUAGUGAUUAUAACUAUAACGAGAUAGUGAGACUUGUAAAGGAGGAAGCUCAAAAGUACGGCCCUUUACAGGAGGUUGUUAUUCCGCGGCCCGAUAAGGAUUUGACUUUUAAGGAAGGGGUUGGCAAGGUUUUUAUCAGGUAUGAAAAUUUAUUAUCUGCCAGAAAGGCUCAAUAUAUGUUCAAUGGGCGAGUUUUUGAUAAGAACAGGAUUAUUUGUUCUGCUUUCUUCCCCGAGGAUUUAUUCAUCUCUGGAAAAUACACUCUAAUCUAA